GCUGCUUUGACGCCCUGCAGGGCUGUUUCCCAGCCUGGCCUGGCUGCAGCUUCUGCCCAGCCCCUGCAGGAAGGCAUUUGGCAUCAGCUGACAGGCCGCCCAGUUACACCACAGGCCUGAGAUCCCCUGCAAUUUUCCAGUCGCCGGGUAGAACAGAAAGGGCACCAGUUUGGAGAAGGGAGGGCCCUGGCCUACCCAAAAAGUUUAUAGGGAUUUCCUGAUUCUUAGCCAUGUCUUUGACAAGCAUUCCCUCCUGAAGGCACCACCUCCCCAGUGGGGAACAGCCCCACCUGAUCCAGCUGUCCCUCUUCCUUUCUCCAGAAGUGGAUGGAGAGGCUGGGCAGAAGGCGACGUUUCCUGGAGGAAGCAGUGGAUCCGUGCCAGCGUCUGCUGCAGGAAGAGAGGCGAUGCCAGGCACAGUCCCAGGAGGUGUGUCUGCAGGGAGGACUUCUCCAGCUCCUUUGCUGCUUCCUACACAGAAGCCUGGCAACCAUCACAGGGGUCCUCCAAGGAGAAAGAACAAAGCUACAGGACACCAGAAACCCCAUGAUCCAUCCGAAAACAUGAGGCAAAUGCUGAAAGAAUUACUGCAAGCCGAACAAGAAGUGGAUGGAGAAGCUGGGCAGAAGGCGACAUUUCCCGGAGGAAGCAGUGGAUCUGUGCCAGCCUCUGCUGCAGGAAGAGAGGCGAUGCCCGGCACAGUCCCAGGAGACUGGGACCAGGACAUGGAUUAUCUGGGAAACCUGCUGGAUUAUGGCUUGAAACUCAUGGGAAAUCCUGGAGCUGAACCUGCUGGUGAAGGUGGUGCAGUUUCCCAAGCCACAUCCAGGACUGAGCCUCUGGGAGAUGCUGAGGAAGUGAUGGACCAAAAAUCUGUGCAGAAGGAGGCACAUCCUGGAGGAAGCAUUUCCCCAUGGACAGCCCCUGUUGCUGGAAGGAAAGUGAUGUCAGACACGGGCACGGGCACAGCAGAUGCAGCCGGCACCACAACACGUGUUCCCGAUGCCCAGAAGGGCCUCGGAAGGGGCUUCUAUAUGGGAACAGGCUGCUGGACAGGGUUACUGGCAGGCCUGCUUUUUUUGGAGUUUAUCUUCAUCUUAUGCUGGGUCCAAAUUAAUUUUUACUGCAAGAGAAAAUGGUGCAUUACCAGCUUAUAG